CUACAUGAAAAAGCAUUUUAUCAACAAAAUAAUGACUCACCAACAAUGUUUAAAUGCUUAAAGUAUUUCAUUUUAUUUAGUGAAAUGGUGAAGUCUAUUUAAUUCUUUUCGUUAGUUUUAGAACACUAUUUAAUUUUGAAAAAAUUUCUUGGUGAAUCACACGACUCUUUCAGGUUCAGAUCAUCCCAUCUUACUGACAUCCGUGUCUGAGGUGAUGGACACUACAGAAGUUCCACUGCUAAUUCAAACUAAAAUAGGAUUGCAGAUGACCCUGAAAAAAGAAAAAACAAUUAUCUUAACAGAGUGAGAUGUCUCAUGAGACCCCUGAUUAUAAAUACCCCAGUGCACCUCUUCAGGACACUUCAGGUCUAACUAACAGAGAGCUGAAACAGACGCAGGAGAGAAACCUGGAUCUUUCUAGUCAAAAUGGCAGCAAGCAAAAGCAAACACUGGGUUCUCCUGGCAGCGGGUUCUACAGGUUGGGAAAACUACAGGCAUCAGGCCGAUGUGUGUCACGCUUACCAAGUCAUGCACCGGAAUGGGAUUCCAGACAAACAGAUUGUGGUGAUGAUGUAUGACGACAUCGCUAAUAAUACACAUAACCCUGAUAAGGGUAAAAUCAUUAAUGUACCAAAUGGACCAAAUGUUUACACUGGGGUUCCAAAGGACUACACUGGAGCGAAUGUUUCAGCUGACAACUUUCUUGCUGUACUGCGUGGAGAUUCAUCUGCAGGAGCAAAAGUCAUACAAAGUGGUAAAAAUGAUACUGUGUUCGUCUACUUAUCAGACCAUGGAGGUCCUGGUAUCUUUAACUUUCCAAGUUCCACACUUUAUGCACAUGACCUCAUUGAUACAGUGAGAAAAAUGUCACAGGAAGGCAAAUUUUCAAAGAUGGUGAUUUAUAUAGAAUCGUGUCGUUCUGGAUCAAUGCUGGAUCAGCUGGACAGAAAGGACAGCAACGUGUAUGCAGUUUCAGCAUGCAAGCCUGAUGAAAACAGCCAUGCUUGUUUCUAUGACCAAAGACUAAACACUUGGAUUUCUGAUAUCUUCACUGCUUACUGGCUACAACACACUGAGACCGUAAAACUUAACACAACUUCAUUUGGAGAUCAGUUCAUCUACGUGAAAGACAAAGUCAAAAAGUAUGAGACGCCUUGUAACUACGGUGACAUGAACAUAGCUAAUGUAAUGUUGAGUGAAGUCUUUUGUCAAUCACCCGCCCCUGUCACGAGAGCCGGAUCAGUCCCACCUACUGACUUCACAGUGUCUGACGUGAUAGACACUACAGAAAUUCCCCUGCUAAUAAAAAAACACAUGAUUACAAAUGAAAAGGACCCAGAAAAAAAAAAGAUCCUGGAAAGACAAUAUGAUGACUUUAUACAAAAGAGGAAGACUAUGGAUGAAGCACUGAAGAAGAUUGAAAUGCGACUGAAAGGCCAACAAACUCUGGCGGAAAAACGUGAGGUGACUCGUACGUACCUGCUCAAAGACGUGGCUGAACAUUUUAAGAACAAUCUCUUCAACUGGGAAAAGGAGCCACAUGUUGUCACUCAUCUACAUCUCCAGGUUCUGUUGAAUCUGUGUGAGUCUGGGCUGAAGGUUGAGAGCAUCAAGGAAGCCAUUACUCAUGUGAGCAAGGAGAUUUCUUUCUAAAGAAAACACACAAGACUUCAGUCAUCUGAUUUUAUUCUCUUUUUUCUUUCAAUAUCAUACUGAUGUCUUUCAGAUUUGUAAAUCCCUUUGAUUUUGGGGAACAAAGAAUCAUCCUGGUGUAUUUGUAAUAGAAAAUCAUGAGCCAGUUUUAAAUAAUUAUUAAUAUUUAAAAAUUAAUUUCUGAAUUUUAAUUGUUAAAUUUGUUGCAUAUUUAGCAACAACACAGUUAAAGUACAGUACAGAAUCAUGUGGCACAUUUUACCAUCUAGAGUUUAAGUCUAAUAAUUUUAAUCACUAUAUUAAUCAAUAUAUUUUAAAAUCACUAUUUUAAUCACUAUAUUAAUCACUAUAUUAAUCUUAGAGUUUCUGACUAUGCAGAUUUGUAGCUUAGGUUAGUAAAGUUUCAUCAUGUGUAAUAGUACUGACAGUGAGAGCUCAGUUUAAUCUUCAUUUGAUUUGUUUAUUAAAAUGAUUCUACAGCAGUGUGCUGCAGUACCACUCCUGACCACUGGGGGAUUUCCUUGUUUUUCUUCUUUAUUUGCUUGUGUUGAUUUUAAUUGUACCCAAAUCUAUAUGAUUGUGAUGAUUUACAUAUUAUAACUGUGUGACAUGUAAAUGUGUUGUUCUGAGAAUAUAAUCACUAAGAAGACGUCCUACUAUAUACUUCAUCUAUCAUAGUGGACUGGUUCUCAAAGAUGUUUGUGCUUAGGCUGUGUGUUUUUAAUGAUAUGUCAGAUCAGACCUGGCUAAAAUCAGACUAGAUACCAAACAUACUCUGGAGACAUAAAAACUAUUGAUGAUCAGACUAUCACUGCAUAUCACCUCUUUGUGUUUAUUCCACCAUUUGCAUGGACUUAAUAAAUGUCUUAUACUUCUACAA